CCGGGCUCCGGGCUCCGGGCUCUGGGCGCGGGGCCCCCUCGCCGCGCCAUGCGCCCCGCCGGGAGGGGCGCCCCCGCGGCGCUGCGCCUCCCCGGCCGGCUGGCCCCUCCGCUGCUGCUGCUGCUGCGGGUGCUGUGGUGCCCGCACGCCGCGCGGGGUGACUGCGGCCUCCCCCCAGCCGUGCCGAACGCCACAGCGGAUUUGGAAGGUCGCACCGCCUUCCCUGUGGGGUUCGCAGUAGGUUACUAUUGCGAUGUCGGCUUCGCCAAGAUUAGCGGGAAGGUGAACGCGGCGCACUGUCUGCAGAACGGUGAAUGGACACAGCCGCCCGUAUUCUGUCAACGUAGCUGUGGGAGUACACCCAGGUUACGUUACGGACAUAAGCAAGAUAUUUAUAUCCCAGUGAGUUACCACCCAGCGGGUUUCACUGUGGAAUAUGAGUGUAAUCUGGGCUUCGCACGGAACCAUUCCGUAUCAGCAAACAUAACUUGCCUUCAGAAUUAUACGUGGAGCAAACCAGAAGUAUUUUGCUACAAAAGAUCAUGUCCUGAUCCUGGACAAAUAGAAAAUGGUCAUAUCAGUAUACCAACUGACAUAUUAUUUGCCUCAUACAUCUACUUCUCAUGUAACCCAGGGUACAAAUUAGUUGGUACGAAUUCUACUUACUGUUAUUAUGAAGGAAAUGAUAUGAUUUGGAAUGAUCCAUUUCCAGAGUGCCAAGGUAACCAAAAAUCAGAAUAUAGAAGACACGACCAACAAUUAAACUUUAAAAAAUAACAGAUAAGAGUAUCGAACCCUAAAAGUGUUGUUCUUAAAUAUACCUGGAAUAUUGGCAAUAUGCUGGGCUCUAAAACACCACGCACUUAAGAAGAUUGAAAUUACUCAGCGCAUGCUUUCUGGCCGCUGUGGAAUGAAAGUAGACAUCCAAUAAAAAGAUAACUAGAAAAGCAACUUCCAGGAGAUUUAAACUGCAGUGUUACAAAGUCCGUUGGAUCAAAAAUGAGAACUUGGAAGAACAAAACAAAUUGUAUACAUGACGGCCUUAGAUGAAAAGUCCAUGUGAAAACUUUAUUUAGCCUAAUAAUAAAACCUAUCAUUUUCUGAGUGCCUGCUAA